UAGUUUCUACUGCUUCUAUACUUGAAUAUGUGUAGACCUCCGGGCUACCUUAGGUUAGGUACCUACGCAAACAAGACGAGAGUUGUAUUAGCCAGUUGAAUUCGAAUGUGGUAGCUUACGAGGAUGGAGCUUAGAGCUACUUGGUUGGCCAAACCUCCAAAGCGUCUUUAGUGUAGAGCUAUACACACAAAGGUAUGCGCAACCCAUACGAAAAUUACAUUUUAGAUAAUACUAUAGACUAUAGUAGGUGCCUUACUCAAGGCAGAUGCCUUAAAGAUGUUUAGGAGGCGGACUUUGAAGGAUAAAGAUCGUGCUUCAUCAUUCAUGACGUGCGCAGCCAAGUAAAUUAGCAUCAUGACAGGGGUGAUCCACAAGCUUCAAUGUAACCACAUAUAUGAUAUAAACAAUCAGGUGAAGGGAUCAGCUAAGUUGAAGAAACAUCCAUCAUUCAACAUUCACCAUGUCGAGCUCACUAUUGACUUUAUUGCAGCAAUUCUACCCUCCCGCGCCAACCUUCACUGAGAAGAACGUCGUGGCCGGGAGUCAAGUAGGCAAGGUAUUCAUCAUCACCGGCGCCAAUUCUGGUAUCGGUUUGGAUCUGGUGAAAUUCCUCUAUCCCACCGGCGCCACAAUAUAUCUCGCCAGCCGCUCACUUGAAAAGAUUCACAAUGCCAUUACGCAAGUAUCUUCCGUCUCCCCCGCACCAGCAACCCCUGCAACGCUCAAGCCUCUCCACCUGGACCUAUCAGACCUCACCACCAUCAAGCCCUCCGCCGCGUCCUUUGCGGCUCAGGAGUCACGUCUCGACAUCCUCUGGCACAACGCCGGCUCCGGCUUUGCACCCGGCAGCGUGACAAAGCAGGACAUUGAAGCCCACGCCGGCGCCCACUGUGUCGCUCCACUGCUCUUUACCCAGGAGCUUCUCCCGCAGCUCCAAGCUGCCGCGAAAUCCGCGCCCAAGGACAGCGUCCGCGUCAUCUGGACCGGCUCCAUACUAAUCGACCUAAACUCACCACCCGGCGGCGUCGACUUCGCCCGGAUCGAAAAGCCGACCACCAACCAUGACCAGGACUACGCCAUGUCCAAAGUCGGGAACUAUUUCUUGGCGGUGGAGGGGGCCAAGCGCUGGGGCAAGUACGGGAUUAUCAGCGUGUGCGAGAAUCCCGGGAAUCUGUACACGCCUAUCUGGGCGAACGCCAGCUGGUGGUAUAUAACGUUGCUCCGGAUUUUUAUCUUGUACCCGUCAAAGUACGGUGCGUACACGAUGCUCUAUGCCGGGUUCUCGCCGGAUGUAAAUGAAGAUACCAAUGGCGCGUAUAUCUGGCCUUGGGGUAGGGUUCGACCUGUCGGACGAGGUGAUGUGUUGCAGGCGGUAUCGGAUGGUAAAGCGACGGAAUUUUGGGAGUGGUGCGAAAGAAAAUGGAGGCAACAUGUUUGAGAGCUUAUAACUCCGGACUUUUUAGCACCAAUGACGGACAGUAUAAAUUGAUAUAGCAGUACAUUUUGUUUAUAGUACCUAACACAUAUAUUUAAAACGCUUAUAUUGAAUAGGUACAAUGUAGUAUUCAGAA